CAAUAAUAAGAAAACAAUAAUUUUAAAGAAACAGAAUUGGUCCAUUUGGCCGAUGAAAAUUCCCAGUUGACUCCCAAGACCAGAGAGAAAGACAGAGACGGGGGAAAGAAACAGAGGCAAGCUGCGAUCUGGUGGAGCAGGACAGGAGAUUGUUCAAUGUCUCCUCUUACAAGCUUCCACCGUAUUGCUCACGACAAGUUCUCCUCAUUGCUCCUCUCUCUGUCUCAAGUUCGGAGCUCUAAAGCAUUCUUCCACGCCUUCAAGUCCAUGCCCGCAUCAGAAGAUGUCGUUGUUACCCGAAUCAGCCUCUGGUGGGAGCAAGCGAGAGCUUUAGUAGUUGUGCCUGUCUUCGAGUUUCUGGUGGCUCUAUGCUUGAUCAUGUCUGUGAUGUACUUCGUUGAGGUGCUAUGCAUGGGGAUUGUAGUAGCGUAUGUCAAGUUGUUCAAGAGAAAACCAGAGAAAGUUUACAAAUGGGAAGCUAUGGAGGAGGAUGAUGUUGAGUGUAGCAGUGAAAGCUUCCCUAUGGUUCUUGUGCAAAUACCUAUGUACAAUGAAAAAGAGGUUUGUGAGCAAUCAAUUGCAGCUGCUUGCAAAAUCUCAUGGCCAUCGAAUCGUAUAAUAAUCCAAGUGCUUGAUGACUCCACAGACUCAGCCAGUAAGGAACUUGUGAGACAAGAGUGUGAGAGAUGGUCAAGAGAAGGCGUCAACAUAACCUUUGAGAUAAGAGAUAACAGGAACGGAUACAAAGCUGGCGCCCUGAGAGAGGGAAUGAAGCAUAGCUAUGUGAAGCAGUGUGACUAUAUUGCUAUCUUUGAUGCUGAUUUCCAGCCUGAUCCUGACUUCCUCCAUCGUACCGUUCCUUUCUUGAUUCACAAUCCCAAUUUAGCACUUGUUCAAGGCCGUUGGGAGUUUGUGAAUGCGGAUCAGUGCAUGAUGACAAGACUGCAAGAGAUGUCUCUAGGCUACCACUUCACAGUAGAGCAACAAGUUGGAUCUUCAACAUUUGCCUUCUUUGGUUUCAAUGGAACGGCUGGUGUGUGGAGAAUCUCAGCGUUGAAUGAGUCUGGAGGAUGGAAUGACCAGACAACAGUUGAAGACAUGGACAUAGCUGUAAGAGCCACACUCAGGGGCUGGAAACUACUAUAUAUAGAUGAUCUCAAGGUGAAAAGUGAGUUACCUUGUUCCUUCAACGCUCUCCGUAGCCAGCAGCAUAGAUGGACUUGUGGCCCUGCCAACCUAUUCAGGAAAAUGGCUGGAGAAAUAAUAAGAAGCGAGAAUGUUUCUCUAGGGAAGAAGUUGUAUAUGUUGUACAGCUUCUUCUUUAUGCGCAAGGUCGUGGCUCACAUCCUCACCUUCUGUUUCUACUGUGUUAUCUUGCCAGCAACUGUUCUGUUUCCAGAAGUCACAGUUCCGAAAUGGGCUGCGUUUUAUCUUCCUGCUUUGAUCACUCUCUUUAUAGCAGUCGGUAAACCAAGGUCUCUCCUCUCUCUCUCUUGCUCUUUCAACACAAAGUUCAUUAUAACUUGCUGUAUUUUAAUGUCUUGUUUUGUUAACAGAUCAAUCUACCUUUUGGUGUUUUGGGUUCUGUUUGAGAAUGCAAUGUCCAUGCUUAGGACAAAGGCUCUGGUGAUGGGCUUGUUUGAAACAGGAAGAGUACAAGAAUGGGUUGUGACAGAGAAACUAGGUGAUGGCCUCAAGACGAAGCUGAUUGCACAAGUACAUAAUGAACCUCAUGUUAGAUUCAGAGAUAGGGUGCAUGUGCUAGAGCUAGUGCUUGGAGCGUACCUGUUGUUCUGCGGAUGCUACGACAUCAUAUAUGGGAAGAACACACUCUAUCUCUAUGUGUACCUUCUAUUGCAGUCCACAGCCUUCUUCGUUGUUGGGUUUGGGUUUGUGGGAAAGUGAGUUCCUGCUUCCUCCUAAAGUGAUAGAUAGAUCAAAGAAAUCUCAAUAUGUUUCAAAAGGUUUUUAGUUGAUAGUCUUUGAUACCAUAUUGAGAACACCUUUUUUUGUUGGGGAUGUCUGAGAAAAGUGCUAUAUACAACAGUUGUAUGUAUUAUUAUUACUACUACAUGAGUGUUUGUAAAAUAAUAAAUCUCAAAAGUGACCAAUACAAAUCCUCUUGACUUGGA